UACACCAGACACACGGACCCGUUCAAUCCCAUCCGAGUCACGGAGAUCUUACGACAGAUCAAGAUCGGGGACGACCUGACAACAGAACAGUGCGAACAGGUAACAAGUUUAUGUUCAGAAUUUGCUGACACGUUUGCAUUGGCUAUUAGCGAGGUCUUCCCAGUGGACUUCAAGACAUUCAAACUCUCCUUCCCCGAAGAAACGACAUUCAAAACAAAAGUCAACCAGCGACCUCUGACUCCACCUCAAUGGGAGUACCUAUACGAACGGCUGAACAAACUCAAGAAGGCAGGUAUUAUUAGACGCAUCGAACCGGAAGAUGUCAAGGCAGCAAGCCCCACCAUGCUGGCACAAAAAGUACAC